GCUGCUCGGUGCAGAGAGACGCAUGCGCAGUGCAGCCGAGGUUCAGAUGCGGUUCGGCUGAUGUAACCCGAAUGAGUCCAGAAGCAGCUUCACACGGUCCUGUAGGACAAGCGAAGCUCUGCGUCGCUUCUGUCUGUGAGGAAUAGCGAUGGAGGGAUGAUCGGCACCGGCCCGGUGUUUGAUGAUGAACCGGAGCGAUGGAGCGGCGGCGGCCGAGCGGGAUUUUGUUGUGGAUGGAGAGGGAAAUGUGUGCAGAACUGCGGGUUACGUGACAGACUGUCUGAAUGAAGACACUGAUAAAGUUCCUCUUCAAACGCACCCGCUGAGAGAAUUUGAACAGCACCUCAGUGAUCUGAAGAAGGAGAACUUCAGCCUCAAGCUGCGCAUCUACUUCCUGGAGGAGCGGAUCCAGCAGAAGUUUGAGGACAGCAGCGAUGAGAUCUACAGGACGAACAUCGAGCUGAAGGUGGAGGUGGAGAGUCUGAAACAGGAGCUGCAGGAAAAACAGCAACUACUGGAUAAAGCUCUGAGAGCAGCAGAGAGUCUGAGCAAUCACAAUGAAGAGGAGUUGCAGCGACGGUUUGAGGAGAGACAACAGGAGAUCGAUCACAUGCAGCAGGUGCUGGAGACCAAGAUACAGAUACUGCAGGAGGAGACUCAGUUAACGCGGGACAAGGCCGAGCGCAUGGCCAGCAUCACUGAAUCUCACUCCCAGCAUCCAUCUGUCACCAUGGAAAUGGUUCCCAAGGACACUCCAGGAGACACAAGCACAAAGCCUGAUGAAGAUGCAGACAGUGAGAGGAUCGAGCAGCUGAGAGCAGCGCUGUGCCUUAAGGAGCAGAUGAUCAGAGAGCUAACGGAGGAGAAGACGGAGCUGAGACAGAGAGUGAGACACAUGGAGGAGCAGCUGGAGCAGCUGUCUGUGUCUCUGCUGCAGAGAGAGAGAGAUGCACAGUUCUAUCAGGAGGAGUUGGGUCGUGAGAGGCUCCGUGUGCAGCAGGAGAUGCGGAGUCUGAUGGAAGAGCAGCAGCUGCAUCAGUAUGAGCACACCGCUGGACAGUGUGUGAAUGAACUACAGCAAGCGCAGAAGCAGAUCCACGAGAGCGAGACCAACAACAAGGUAAGAGAACAC